AUGAAAUUUUCCAGAACUGAGCUCAUAUACGACCAUAAUGCGACAAGGACGAGCCUCAGAAUAAAACCUCUUCACGUCACCGAUGAAGCUCUUUAUAAAUGCGAGAUAACAUAUAUUGAAGUUGAAGAGGGAUGUGCAGUCGUUCAAUUCAUUAAUUUAAUCACCCAAAGUAAAUUAAAUUUUGAUUGA